AUGAAAUGUAAGCACCGUGAUUGUAAAUGGCAGUUGAGGGCAGCCUUGCUUGGUACUUCUUUUGGUUGGACAGUUAGGAAAUAUGUAAAUACUCAUUCAUGUUCAUCUUCAAUAAUGCGUCGUGAUCAUUGUCAAGCUAAGAGCAGAAUAAUUGGUUCUUAUAUUAAAACCAAUUUCAAGAAUGUUAAGUGUAUUUAUAAGCCUAAGAACAUUGUCAAUGAUAUUCACAAGGACUUUGGGGUCAACAUAAGUUAUGAUAAGGCAUGGAAAUCACGGGAACAAGCUUUGGACAUGAUCAGGGGGGGUGCGGAGGAAUCAUUUCAGUUGAUUCCAUCUUAUCUAUAUAUGUUGAAGUUGAACAACCUCAGGACUAUUACAGAAUUCGAGAGUGACAGUGGAAACAAAUUCAAGUACCUUUUUAUGGAAAUUGGUGCAUGCCUUGCCAAAUUUCGUAGCAAGAUGCGGCCCGUCAUUACAGUUGAUGCUUGUUUCCUUAAGGGCAAGUAUAUUGGUAGUUUGUUUGUUGCGACAUGCAAAGACGGUAACAAUCAUGUUUAUCCUAUAGCAUGGGGAGUUGGAGAUUCUGAGAAUCAUGCCUCAUGGGAAUGGUUCUUCAAUAAAUUGCGCUCUACAAUUGGUGAUGAGAUACUUGAUUUGGUAUUUGUGUUUGACCAGCACAAGAGCAUCCAUAAGGAGGUCAUGACUGUGUUCCCUAACUCAUUGCAUGUUUCAUCAAUCGGUGCCUAUCUUAGAGAGGUCAGUUUUAGUCCUUGGGCACAUGCAUAUUCGGAUGGUAAGAGGUUUGAUAUAAAGAUGACAAACAUUGCAGAAUGCCUCAAUGCAGCUCUGGCAGAUACGCCUUGGGCUGAAGGAGAAAUAGCCAAAAGAUUGGCAUUAUCUCAGUAUUGGCGUCUAGAACCGAUUGAUAUGUAUAGAUUCAAUGUUCACAAUGGUCACUUUGGGGGUAUUAUCGACUUGAAGAUAAAAACUUGCACUUGUCGAGUGUUUGAUUUCAACAAAUUGUCAUGUGGUCAUGCCUUGGCUACUGCACGUUCACGCAAUAUUGACCCAUACACUUUGUGCUCCUCAUACUACCAAACAGAAGCUCUAUUGUGUGCUUAUGCCGAUCUGAUAAUGUAUGUGGGCAGCUAA